AUGGAUCGGUUUCUGAAAGACUGGUGUAUUGAGCAGAGAACUGUCCCCACAAGUAACGGCACUGGCCAGUCGGUCGGUAUCAAGGCCAAUCUUGUAGUAGGAAUAACCAACCCCCCAUUGCUGACCUUGCAGACGAUCCGCGCUUCAAGACUUGGUCCGAGCAAAUCGCGCACAAUCACCGCGCCCGUGGCAGCCGCAGACGGUUCCCCUACUUUCCACAGCCGCUCGAAGCUAGUAGUAGCACCCCUCACCAAACCACAACGGCGGUACAAAAUUCCACACAAGACACACGCGACAUCGCCAUUAGUGCCCUUGAAUUGUUAUGCACUCUCCCAUGAAACCUCGCCAGGAAUGCUCAAUGUUUUAUGCAAGAUUGCGUCAAAUCAUGGCACGAGCAAUUCCUCGGACGAACGAUUAGCUCAUUUCAAAAAAACCCCACGACAUCAUACAUCCCUGUGUCAUGGCUGUCACGUAAAAUGGGACAAAAGGAGCCUCGGGUAUCACGGUUUUGAGGUUGGCGUUUAUCGAAAGCGACUGGGUGACUCCAGGAACGUGACGCAAGCUCAGGAUGGCAACGCACUGAUCUUUCAUUGCAAUGAUGCGGAAACUUACACAGAGGUCGAUAAGACCGAGUGUAACGUUUAUGAACUUUGGGUUGAGGAUACGAAGCACAGAAUAUGUUGCUCGUCAUCGCGAGAUGUGACAGUGCAUGCUUCCGAACAGCUGGAAUUCGAGUUCGUGUCGCAAAAGCGGAGGGUAGCGGGGAUUGGUCCUUGUUCGAGCACCGAAAGUCAAUUGGAUCAUCUUCAGCUGGCAAUUGCGGUGACACUCUUUGACACCUAGCAAGGACUUCAAUUUUUAGAUGCGGUUAUAUAUACUGUGAUCCCCACAACACGUAUGAUUUGAUUAAACAAAGCUGGUAGGCCCCAGUCAUAUCGAUAGCAAAGGUGGCCGAUCGGCGAUGAUCAGCAGUAUCUAAGUAAAUAUUAAUAGGUGACUACUGGCAUGGCAGAGAAGACUCAACGUUCAACCCGCAAAGCUAAUAAUAACCCAAUAUGAUAAAAAUCGCGCACGAGGGAUGAUUAAUGAUUCAUGUAGACCUCCUGGUGUUGAUUUUUCGAGCGCUCUGAUAAUAUGAUAUGGAUGGUGAAAAGGAAGCCUUGAAGUUGCUACGGAAGCUUGAUGUUAGUAACUGCGGC